AUGAAGUUCGUUGCUGCUCUCGCUUUCGCUGCCGGCGUCGCUGCCCACGCCAAGAACGUCACCUACACCACCGAGGUCGUUACUGCUUACACCACCUACUGCCCCGGUCCUACUGAGAUCGUCCACGGCGACAAGACCUACACCGUCACUGAGGCCACCACCCUGACCAUCACUGACUGCCCUUGCACCGUCACCAAGCCCGUCCUGACCACCUCCGCUGUUGUCUGCCACAACUGCCCUGCCCCUACCCACGAGGCUGGCAAGCCCGGUCACCCCGGCCAGCCUGAGAAGCCCGUCCACGGCGGUAGCAACUCUACCCUCGUCCCCGUCUACCCUACCGGCUCCCACGGUGGUGAGGGCAGCCACCCCGGCAAGCCCGUUGCUACCCCCACCGGUGGCUCCGGCGAGCAGGUCCCUACCGCUGGGGCCGGCAAGGUCGCCGCCUUCUCCGGUGCCGGCCUCGCUGCCCUCGUCGGUCUCGCUGCUUUCCUGUAA